CUUUCACGAUUGAUAUUCUAUAAAUCAUUUCUCGUUACUGUCUUUUGAUUAUUUCGAAAUUUAAUGGCUACUUACUUUUCAACUUUUGUAUAUUCUCUCAUAUUGAGUGCUUUUACGUUGAUGAGCUUCGAUUGUUUUGUCACGGCGGUGAGUGCGAGACAUCUUUUGGAGAUGCCAUUACCCAAGGUGCCUGAAGAGCUUCCGAAGCCAGAAGUACCCAGUUUGUCAAAGCCCGAGCUUCCUCCAUUGCCGAAGGUUGAGUUACCUCCUUUGGAAAAGCCUAAAGUACCCGAAUUGCCGAAACCUGAGCUCCCAAAAUUACCUCAAUUGCCUAAAUUUGAGGUUCCCGAAGUACCAAAAUUGCCCAACUUGCCUAAACCUGAAGUUCCUAAGUUGCCGGAAUUAACACCUCUCCCAAAGCCUGUUUUGCCUACCCUUCCAAAGGACAUUCCUAUCCCUUCGUUCAACCCACCACAUACAUCUACCACUAAACCUUGAAUACCGUAUUCAACUUUUGUUUACAAUAGUGGAACUAAACAUACCUCAUAUACGACUAAAAACUAUAUUUAUUUUUCCUUUUUUAGCUAUCAUUAUUAGUAUGGGUACGA